AUGCAAAGCACUUUUCAGAAGUGUGAAGAAAAUACAAAUAAAUUACUUUCUAUUAUUGAUAAUGAUCAACGAAAUGUUGAAGAAUUUGAAGAAACGUUACAAAGCCUAGCAAGUAAAAUACAAAAAACAAAAUUACAAGUUACACAAGAGUGGAAUGUGCAAAAUUUAUAUGUUGAAGUAUUUAAAAUGUCGUACAAAAGAAAAUUAACAGGAUUAGAGGAAGAAUUAAACCCGGAUAAAGGUGGAGAUAUAGUGCCAAAUUUUGACAACGCAAUAUGGUGGUAUUCGUGUGAUAAGGCAUCGAUCUAUUAUCAAAUUAAUAGUAUAUUACGUAUAGAAAAUUUUGAAUUAUUAAUGAACUAUCGUUAUUAUAUAAGCGAUUUAUGUCAAAUGAUUGAAACAAUGUUUUUGAAUAAUGCGAAAAAAGAUCACAAACCACUCACACUUUAUCGUGCCGAUAAAAUAAGCAAAAGUAGUUUUGAACAAAUGAAACAAACACAAGGAUUAAUUACAAUGAAUGGUUUUAUAUCUACAACAACAGAUGAAAAAAUAUCAGCAGGUUAUGCGAAAAAUCAGUUUGUACCAAAAGGUGCUAUUUCGGUAUUAUUCGAAAUACAAUUUGAUCCAGAAACAGCAUGUACAGCAUUUGCUAAUAUAGAAAAGAUUGCAUUUCAUCCAGAAGAACAAGAAACAUUAUUUAGUAUGGGCUCAGUAUUUUCUGUUGAUAAAAUUGAAGAACCCGUUGGAGACGAAAAUUAUUAUCGUAUUAAACUAUUAGCUAGUGAUUUAGACAAAUCAGUAGUAGAUGAAAUGAGAUUAAAAGUUGAAAAAUGUUCACAAUCCGGUUUAUGCAUGUUAUUGGCAAGAUACUUAGUUGAAUUAGGUGAAUAUCGUGCUGUUAAAAGAUAUUUAAACUCACUAUUAGAGACGGGUAUAUUAAAUAAUGAUCCAUCAAUUGCAUCUGCUUACAAUUGUUUAGGAAUGAUAUACGCGCGACAAGGUUUAUAUGGUGAUGCACUACACUAUUACAAACAAGCAUUAAGUCAUCAAGCAAGACUCGAUUAUGCGAAUAAUAAUGCAUUAGGGGAAAUAUAUAAUAAUAUUGGUAAUGCCUAUAUGAAUUUGUCCUAUUUAGAUGAAGCGCUUCAAGUAUUUAAUGAAGCUGAAAGAACAUUAUUACGUGAACCGUUAUCAACACGACAGCAUUUUGCAACUCUUCAGUGUAACAUUGGCUAUGUACAUUAUUUGAAAAAAGAUUACGAUAUCGCAGAAAAUUUUUUUCAUUCAGCUUAUAUUUUAUCUGACACACAGGUGAAAUUAUUAUCUGAUACAGUAGAGCGACAUUUAACAGCCGGAGAUAUAAUUAUCAAAUAUGCAGAUAAUUGCUUUGCUCGCGAAAAACAUUUUAACGCAUCCGAGAGUCUGUAUAACAACGCAAUACAUAUCUAUGAAAAAAUAUUACCAAGUCUCAAUUCAACAUUGAUAAAAGCUUAUACAGCCGGAUUUAUUGAAUAUGGAAAGGAAAAAUGGUUUACUGCAGUUAUGGAACGAUACAAAGAUAAGUCACAAACGUUACUCUCAAAAUAUGAAUUGACCAUAACAGCGGAUUUACAAUAUUUAACACAGAUACAAUAUUUAAUUGGUAUUUGUUAUAUAUAUUUAACAAGUAAUCCAAACAGUGCCAACUUCGACAGUGCCAUUCAUAUGUGGAAACAGGCUUAUAUAUGUGAAAAAAAACAAUAUAUAGGCAAAUUACUACGGACAACAGCAAUGUCGCUAAAAAACUAUUGUCCCACUGAAUUGUUACAUAAAGCAGUUUGUAAAAUAUUUGAAUAUUAUAAAAAUGAACAUCAGAUAUCAAAUCAAAUGCAGUAUAAUUUUGAAUUAGGACUUUUAUGUACGAUAUCAUUCCGAUAUGAAGAAGCAAAAAGAUAUUUGGAAUUUACUUUUAAUGACGAUAAUAAUAAUUACAUUUAUUCAAUUAUUCUUGCUGAUGUUUAUAAUCAUUUACAAGAUUAUAACAUGGCUAUUGUUCACUAUGAAAAAACUCUCAAAUUUAUAAAGACCGAAAAUGAUCCACUUCUAAUAGCAGAAAUUUAUUUAACCAUAGCUAAUUGUUACAAUAAUUUAAACCGUUCAACAGACAAAGCAUUACACAAAUUACAUGAACUUGAAAAAUAUCUUCAAACACAAGACGUGGAUAAUAAAAUAAUUGCUAUUAAAGCUGCUCUUAAUCAUGAAUUAGCUAGACAAUAUUUAAAAUGUGCUAAAUAUGACAAAGCACAUUUAAUGGCUAAAGAGUCAAGAGCGUUCAAAUUACAAUCCUUUUCACAACAUCAUCCAAGUAUAGUUAUUGAUCAUAUACUUAUAGGAGAUAUCUAUGCUGAAGAACAGAAUUAUAAACAGGCCAUAGAAUGCUAUAAAAAAGCUUUAGACAUUCAGAUAUCAAAUUUCUCAAUGGAACAUCAAGAUAUUAAAAAGACCUAUAAGAUCAUAGGCGAUGUCUAUUGCAAAAUGGGUAAAUAUAAUGAAGCUAUAGAAAGUUAUGAACUAUGGUACAAGAUAAAAGGUGAAGAUGAGUUUAGUUUGGCAAAGGUUGAUAUGUAUAAUGCCCACAUAAUGUCAUGUAAACCCAGGGUUACUAGUCAGGCUUUAGCCAAUGCGGAAAUGGCAGCAGAGACCUGGUGUGCUCAAAUACCAUUGGAAAUUAUGGAAACUGCCAAAAGAAAUUUUAUGAAAGAAGAAUUAGCAAAUUUGUUAGCAGUACGAUAUUUUACAAGCAAUAUGUUAUUCGUCUCUUUUUUAGAAGAUUUACUGUAUAUCUACUUGAAAUAUGGUUAUGCCUAUUUUAAAUCUUCAUCAAUAAAAAGUGAUAUAGAACAUGAAUGUAAAAGGAGUUAUGAAAAAGCACUUAGUUUACAAUUAAAACUAAUAAUUUAUCAGAACUCAAAUGAACAUAUAACAGAUAGUAUUUAUGAAACAAUUGGAUUUAUUAGCGAAAUAUUUAAUAAUAAACAAGACGCAUUAGACAAUUAUAAAAAUGCUAGAAAUCCGGAUAAAGAUGACAGAAGGCAUGUAAUAUUUUGGAAAAUAGCUAGUUUAAGUAGAUCGAACAUGAUUGCGGAAACCUAUUAUAAUCGAAUGAAAAAAUACGUCACAAGAGUUUAUGAUACGCAAAACAUAAUUAUGAACACAAAAAAAAUUUCAAGUGGUGAAACGAUUGAGGAAGAUCAAAAUGAAACGGGUGAAAGCGACACAUUUAAAAGUGACAAUAACAAGGAAAAGAAUUCGUUUUUCACAAAGUCUUUAGCAACUGCUGUAACUUAUUAUUUAUUACACGAUUAUCAGUUAGCGUUAAAAUUUUUCCGAAAAGACAUUGAAGAACGGAGUAAAAACCUAUCCUAUACAGCAUCAUUGUCAGUGAAUUGGAACAUAAAAAAUUCAUCAACAUGGCCAUAUUUGCUUGAAUUAAUAACAAAGAGAAUUUGGCAUAUUAAACAAUCAAAAAUAGAUGAUUCAUUAACAAAAAUGGAUUACAAAAUAUUAGCUGAUAUUUAUGUAAAAUGUGCGGAAAUUUUAUUACAAAUAAAUGAUUAUUCAACAGCUUUUGCCAAUUAUUUAAAUGCUUUUCAAUUGUAUAUUAUCUCUUAUGGUCAAUCAAAGUAUAAAAUUCAGGAAUUAUUCGAUAAAUUAUCUAGCAGCGAAAAUCUUUCACUAAAUGAUAUUAUUAAAUAUUACGCCGAUUUGUUAGAUGAUAUAGAUAGUACUGAUGAAAAUUCUUCUCAGUAUAAUAUAUGGAUUGAAUUAAAAAAGGCUUGUAUGACGACAGAAUUAGCGGAAAAUGGUGAUAAAAAUAGAUUAUUUUAUGAUUUAUUAGAUUAUAAACAAUAUUUAAGUUUAGAUAAACACUUCGAUUUGAUGAUUGAUGCAACAUUCAAUUACAUAAUAAUAACGUUAUUUGAUGCGUACAAUGAUGAUCAUACAAAAUAUAUCGAAGAAUUAAAAAUUGAUGAUAAUUUACCAUUAGUCGAUCGUAUAGUACUUUAUCGAUCGAUUAUUAGUUUAAUGAAGUUUGCCAGUAAGCGUGAUGUUUAUGCUGAGAAAUAUACUGAAAUUGAAAGAAGAUACAGACAGAUGUUACAUCAAGCAUUAUCCAAAGCAGCAACUACUCCAAUUAUAGCAGAAAAUAAUAGAAAGUGUCAAACAUUAACAUUUGAUGAUAUAAUUGAUAUUGAUGCACACCAAACAUUAUUAAAAAUAAUAAGACGUGAUGCUAGCGAUCCAUCAGUUACUGCUACAUUAUUACUAGAGAAUGAUAAUAAAUCAUUGUCAAGUAUUGGAGGUAUUUUAAGCAACGUAGGCGCAUACAACAUCGCAGUAAACUACUGGCAGAUUGUUUGCAAAGAAAAAGAAAACAUAUUAUCAAUGCCGAUUAUUAGUUCAAUACAUUUUCCAUCCACAAACCUAAAUCAAAUUUAUAAUAAGAUAAAAUUAUCGGAAGCUAAGCUUUUCGAUAAUUUAAUCACAGUCGCGAACAUGUAUUAUCAAGUUCGUGAUUGCUAUGAGAUGCACAGUCAAACAAUUAUUUUACGAGACAUCAGUGGUAAAUUUCGUGAACUUGCCGCAAUGCGACAUGCACGUGCUGUAGAAUUCCAUAAGAUAGCUGACACAAUGUUUAAUAAUCUCAUGGAUGCGAAACAGAUCAUGGAUAAAAUCGAUCCACUUAUGAAAAAAAAUUAUGCACAAAGCCCCGAAGACAGUGAAAACAAAACAGAUGAGUUUUCCCAUCAUUUUUAA